AUGCUAAAGAGGGAACCACAGCGGUCCAAUUGGCACAAGUGCAUGUGGCUCUGGGUGGACAGGCUCCCACAUGUGCCUGGGCCGGGUCGUCGAGUCCUGGACGCGUGCGACGGCAGAUGGGAGAAGUAUGAGACAGAUGUCCAGGAUGAUGAGAUGGGUGAGCUCGGGGCGUUGGGUCGCGGGGAGGUCGAGUGCGGUUCGCGAGAGCGCGAGAGCCUAGAGGAGGAGCAGCCGAGUAGUGAGCGAAGUCAGCAGCACGCUGAAAUUAGAACAGUUGGCUCGGCUGCUCGCUUUGAAGUUACCCGCGACCUGGCGAGUACCACCAGCACCAAACUUGCACGGUGGCCGAAUGCAGGGGCUGUGCUUGUUGCGAGGCCCCUGCCACCGCAAUUGGCAAUUGCUGGAGCGCCGUACGCACGGGAGCACGGAGCAUGGGAUGGAACAGGGAGCAUGGAAGCAUGGAAGCGAUGGUGGAAGCUUUGGGCGCAGGCCGUUGCGCACCAAGAAAGUGCCGGACAAAUGAGAGCCCCAAUGGCAUCCCAGAGAUCGCCCGAAUGCCACCACCGAUGGCGCCGUCCCUCGAUCGCGCCUUUCUUGUGCUCUCACGAUCCUCGAAACCCAUCUUCAGUCCGCGGUUCCACAAGCGCGGCCAGUCCUGCGGCCGUAUCUUCACCAAUCGGCCCCUGUCACCAGCCUUCCACGGCCUGA